GCCGAAACUUACAUUCUCUCUUCCAUCCAUGUUCAAAUCUAUCUUGCUCUCCGUGGCUGCUGCCAUGAUGCUCGCUACUCCUCUGGUGGAUGCUGCUUGCAGUACAACUGCCUUGUCGUGCUCCAGCAGCGCUAGCACCAACACUUGCUGCUCCCCCAAGUAUGGUCUCGUCGUUCUGGUCCAGCAGUGGGUUCCAGGUUACGGACCAAGUGACGCCUUCACGUUGCACGGUCUGUGGCCAGAUGCGUGCAGUGGUGCCUAUGCUCCCUCCAGUGGAUGCGACUCUUCCCGCGUCUACACCAAUGUGGAGAGCAUCGUUGAAUCGUAUGGUCCAAGCAGCUUGUACUCCGACAUGCAGACAUAUUGGCCAUCGGAUGCCGAAUCCAAUAACGACUUCUGGUCUCACGAAUGGUCCAAGCACGGAACAUGUGUUUCCACUCUGGCUCCUACGUGCUACGGUUCUUCUUACACUCAGUAUGAAGAUGUGAUUGAUUAUCUCACCAAGGUCCUUGCCCUACGCGCUCAAUACGAUUUGUACACUGCCUUGGCCAAUGCCAAAAUCACCCCAGGCGGCUCCUACACUUACACCGCCAUGCAAAAUGCCAUCAAGGCUGCCUUCGGUGUCACUGCCAAGAUCGACUGUAGCUCCGGUACAUUGACCGAUAUUGAAAUCAACUUCAAUGUCAAGGGAACCAGCACCUACGUCCCUGUUAACACUACCGGCUCCACUUGCUCUGGAACUGUCAAGUACCCCUCCAAAUAAACAAUCCCAUAUGGGUCAUGGAAUCAUAAUUAUAUAUAUCUAUAUAGCAUGGUCAAAUCUCUAGUUCAAACCUCCACACCUAAUGAACGAGGGCCCAAGAGAUUCUGCCAGCAUUCUAUUCUAUUUCGCGAAAAACUCUAGAUGACCAUAAUUUUUUGUUUGAAACAUAUAAAAGGUUACGUUAUCCACUAUGUUC